AUGAGCCGGAAUGGAAGGCGUCGUAGUCGAAGUAGAAGUCCUCGGGGACGGGGUGGAUUGAUGGGAAGUCGGUACGAGAUAGGUAAACUGCAGACGCUCAGGCCGGUGCAAUGGUCACAGUUAAAGUUGGAAACAAUCGUACGUGAACCGUAUCGAUCCAAAGCAUCCUACCGGCGUUCCGAGCGAGAGAUUUCCGAGUGGCGUCGAACGAAGGAGAUAACGACAAAAGGUCAUGAUAUUCCCGAUCCCAUAUUUACGUUUGAAGACUCUGGUUUUCCUGCGGAAAUUAUCGACGAGUUGCGAUAUGCUGGGUUUACAUCGCCAACGCCGAUACAAGCCCAGGGUUGGCCGAUUGCAUUGUCCGGACGGGACAUGGUCGGUAUUGCGAAGACGGGCUCGGGUAAAACGCUUUCCUACCUGAUACCCGCACUGAUACACAUCGAUCAACAGCCGCGACUCCGCCGAGGUGACGGACCAAUCGCGCUAAUUCUCGCACCAACGCGCGAACUAGCCCAGCAAAUCAAACAAGUGGCCGAUGACUUUGGACGUGCGCUGAAGUAUAAGAACACCUGCUUGUUUGGCGGGGGGAAGAAACGUAAGCAGCAGGAUGAUUUGGAGUAUGGAGUGGAAAUAGUCAUUGCUACACCAGGGCGGUUAAUCGAUUUUCUGUCAAGUAAUCAGACGAACCUGCGACGCUGCUCGUACUUGGUGUUGGACGAAGCCGAUCGUAUGCUGGACAUGGGAUUCGAACCGCAGAUACGCACCAUUAUCGAGCAGAUUCGUCCUGACCGCCAGACGUUGAUGUGGUCUGCAACAUGGCCAGACAUAGUAGCCCGGCUUGUGAAGGAUUAUCUUAAGGAUUACGCACAAAUCAACGUCGGAUCCUUGAAACUGGCAGCGAACCAUAACAUCCUGCAAAUCAUCGAUGUGUGCCAGGAGUACGAGAAGGAAUCGAAGUUAAGCAUUCUGUUGCGCGAGAUUAUGGCGGAAAAGGAAUGCAAAACGAUUAUCUUUAUCGAAACGAAAAAGCGCGUGGAUGAUAUUACGCGAAAAGUAAAACGGGAUGGUUGGCCGGCUCGGUGUAUUCAUGGAGAUAAAUCACAAAACGAACGUGAUGCAACAUUGACCUCAUUCCGUACCGGCAGGACGCCGAUUUUGAUUGCCACUGAUGUGGCAGCUCGUGGUCUUGAUGUGGAUGAUGUUAAGUUUGUCAUAAACUUCGAUUUUCCCACCACAUCGGAAGAUUACAUACAUCGCAUUGGACGCACGGGACGGUGCAAUAACACUGGUACAGCGUACACGUUCUUUACUCCCAACAAUGCGUCUAAAGCGCGCGACCUGAUAGAUGUACUGAAGGAAGCAAAGCAGGUGAUCAAUCCAAAGUUGGUAGAGUUAGCGAACAUGAAGAUCAAAACUAGAGGUAACAGACACAUGACGUCACGCUAUCCACGGGAACGACGAUCGCGAACGCGAUCCAAAUCGAAAUCGCGUUCUCCUAUACGUAAUCGCAGGGCCGCUUUGCCAGGUAGGCGUCGUUCACAUACGCGUUCCCGUUCUCGGUCACGGACGCCUGUACGCCGGGCGUCGUUGGUUCGACGAGAUGUUCGUCCUAGAGUGUCACCCGGACGGCGUAGCAUUUCUCGCAGUCCGAGACGCAGUGGAAGUGUUAAUCGUCGUCGAUUGAUUCCGGCAACACGCAAAUCUUCCCGUUCACCGCCUCGAACUCGCAGCCCAGUGGCAAGCCGAAGGGUAAACGGGCGUGAGGUUAAAAAUGGACGUUCGUUAAGUCGCGAACGAGACCGGGAUCGUGAUCGUGAAAGGGAGAGAGACCGGGAACGCGAUCGCGAUCGUACCCGAGAACGGGAGCGAGAUCGUCGACGCCGCAGUCGGAGUCGCAGCAGAAGUCGCAAUGGCAAUGGUAGAGCAUCAUCGUAUGACCGCUACUAG